UUUCCGUAAAACGUGUUUAUCUUUACAACUCAUCUUUCUUAUAAUAUAUAUCAUGGCUGAGAAUAACAAUGAGAACUUCUCUAAGCAGUUAUGGAAGAAGCACAAAGGUCAAGUCAUAUUCUCACAAUAUACUCCUUUCAUCAUCUCUUUGGCUGCAGGUAAUCUUCCAGUUAAGACUUUUGAAGGUUAUCUCUACCAAGAUAUCCAUUACCUCACGGCCUACGCUCAAGCGUCUUAUAUAGCUAAUGAGUAUGCAUCAGAUGCAGACACAAAAAAUAAGCUCCAAAAGAUGGGAGAUGAUUCGAUCCGAUACAUCGAAAGCUAUGCUUCUUUCUUUAAGGAAUUGGGUUUAGAGUACAAGCCAGGUAGUGUUCCCAAGAAUGAAGCAACAAUAAGCUAUAUUGAUUUCUUGCUAACUACAGCGAGAACGAAAGUCACGGCCUACAUAUUUGCAGCAAUGACGCCUUGCAUAAAGUUAUAUGCUUAUCUGGGUUGGGAGGUUAAGCUCGCGUUAAGCAAAGAAGAGCUCGAAGCUAACAGAUACAAGAGGUGGAUUAUAGACAAUUCAUCUGAAGAUCCAGAGCCGCAAAAUUCGCGAAACUUGAGAAGUGCUAAAGAGAUGGAUGACUAUCUCGAUAAGCUAAGUGCAGGACUACCCCAACAAGAACUUGACGAAAUUGAGAAGCUUUUUAAGCAGGGUUUGCAACACGAGACAGAGUUCAAUUUAGCACAACAAAUAGAUGGUCAUGAGGUUGUGGUUCCUCUAUGGAAGGAGCUUACAGGUUUCAACUUCCCUUUACUUUCAGAUUUUGACCUCUGUUGCAGCAAGUCAUCUAGUGAUUUGAAAAGUCUUGCAGCUUAUGAGCAGCUUAUAUCUAAUGAACUUCUAAAAGUUCCAUCUCCAGGAGAAUACAGCUUCGCGGCAAUACAAACAGCUUUUGGGUCAGUUGCUGAAUCAGAGAAAAUGUCAUUUCCAAAAGAUGUUAGCUUUGGACAAUUUGAGGCUGAAAGUGGUUGUAUCAGUUUAUCAUCGAGAGUUUUACAGAAAGACAAUCUGGAUGCUAGUGCAUACGUAAUUUCAGCAUAUUGGAGUGAUGAUAGUAUCAAGUCAGCUUUAACAAAAGGAGGUUUGGCUGAUAAGAUAUCACACGCUGGAAACAAAGGAUCAGUUGAAUCUUCCAUUGAUAAACUUGAAGCAUUCAACAAUAUAUUGCAGAAAAAUGAUAAUGAAGCCAAGAAGUUCAGCUUGUAUAUUGGAGAUUCAGUUGGUGAUUUGCUUUGCCUACUCAAGGCUAACAUAGGAGUUGUUUAUGGAUCAAAUGUAAAUUUUAAAAACCUUGAGGAGCACUUCUUAGUUUCAUUUGUCCCAUUGUUCAAAGGUUUGAUUCAGAAGCAGAUGGAAUACAAGGAACAAACAUCUCUAUUAUCAUGGAAACCCAGCCCUGGUGUUAUCUACAAUUUCACUUACUGGGCUGAAAUGGAGGCAUUCAUUUUGGGGUCUUAAGGUAAAAUUAUAGCUUUUGAGGAUGAGAUCGAGAUAUAAAUCAAUAAUGUUAGUUUGUGAUAUAUAUAGUCGUAUCGUCCUCAUCUUGUACUAUCAUUAAUUUUUUUCUUCUUAGGAUUCUACAUGGUUUUGCUUUACUCUGUAAGUAAAGGUGUUUACAUGUGGAUAAAAAAAAGUUGUAUGUUCUUUAUUAAUAAUGUCAUAAUAAAGAUUGAUUAGUGGACUAAUAUAAGGUCCAUUAAUCAAUUGAUUUGUUUGGGAAAA